CUUGCUUUCACAAAUACCACUUCCCUGGACUGUGCUCACCUUUUAAGGUGGAAAGCAUAAACUUCAAACAAAAAAAAGAUGAAAAAGCAAAAGCAAAAAGUGGUGCACAAAUUCUCUUCUUCUUCCUCUUUUGCAGCUCCUCUCAAGCGCGCUUUGCUUCUUUUCUUUUUGUCUUAUCAAUUUAUGCAACUUAUGCUGCACACUUUUCAUUGCUCUGUAAUCACUCCAUUGAUCUCCCCAACAACGUGUAUUCAUUUUACGAAGGGGAACAAUCCCAUCUCAGUAUGGGCCUUUUUCCCUGUACCAACGAAAUGGGGCACAAAAUUCAUCAGAUUAGGAACAACUGGUUUAUUACUCUCCUUCUACAUUUCGUCAUAAUCUUUCUCAGAUUUUCCACCUCUCUCUCUCAAUCGAAUAUUUGCAGGACUGCCUGUGGUGAACUACCCAUUAACUACCCUUUUGGCAUCGAUGACGGUUGUGGGAGCCCCCAUUAUCGAAACCUUCUCAUUUGCAACAAUGGGAAGGACCUACAACUCAGGACACCUUCUGGUCGAUACCGUGUUCUGAACAUCAGCUACACCGACCCCCACAUUGUGGUUUCAGAUCCUCUCAUGUGGAACUGUGAGAACAGGCAUCUUGCUCCUAGAGCCUAUGCAUUCAGCCUGGAUACAAGUACGCCAUUUUCUCUUUCCAAAAUCAACAACUUCCUCUUCUUCAAUUGCAGCGACGCCGUCAUAUCUCAACCCCACCCAAGCUUUUGUGAACAAAGCACCGAUCGAUGCGACCCAACCUGUGAUACUGCCAGUUAUCUUUGUCAAAACAUACCCAUUUGCCCUUCUUUGCUUGGUCACGCCCCGUGUUGCUCGUACUAUCCGAGAACCUCAGAAUCGUUGCGAUUGAUGCUUGAACAUUGUCAGUAUUAUACCUCUAUAUACUGGAGGUUUCGCGAUGGAGCCCCCCCUUAUGAUCAAGUCCCUGCUUAUGGUGUCAGGAUAGAUUUUGAGAUACCUGCUACCACAAGGUGCCUCAAGUGCUUGGAUGUCCGUAAGGGCAAAGGGACCUGUGGUUUUGAUACCCAGUCUCAGAGUUUCCUGUGUCUUUGUGAUGGAGGGAAUGUUACCACUUACUGUAAAGAUCGUGGGACUCCUGGACACAGUAGAAAGGUUGCCAUAGUUGCAGGGACUGUCACAACUGUUUCAAUUGGUGCGGCAGUAGGCGUCACGGGAAUUCUGAUAUGGUAUCUGAAGAAGGUUAGACCGAAUCAAUCUGUGACAUUUGGGGUGCAGAACAAUACAAAUAGGCUUUUCUAAGGUGUAGUUAAGGCCACAUUGUCAUUCAACUAGGGGAUUAGGGCGAAGUACUUGGAGUAUUUCUUUGCAUCCCAAAUCAUACUAGCUAAUAUUUCUCACCCUUUUUUUUUUUUCUUCUAUUUGCAUCCUUUCGAAGGAAACAUAUUGUUUUCCAAAUCCUAAAUAUACUUCAUAUGUUUCGCCCUUCCAUUUUAAAAUGAGCAGAUUGUUUCCAAAUCAGUAUACUGCACACUUAAGCUUGAAACAUAGCUAGUGCUUACUGAUGGAGUAUUGAAAACCUACAAAAUGAACUCAAGAAUUUUGAA